AUGGCAACCCAUCUCAAGAAAUCCGUCUGGUUCAUACCCGACAUCCCCAGCACCACCACCGUCUCAGAUAUCCUACGCGUAUUUCAUCAAGUAUCCGAAACUGGAUGGGAUAUCGACGUUUCGAUCAAGCCGCACACUCAGAGAAGGCGUAGCGGCGCUAAAUCCAAUGACACCCCCACUGGUCUCUUCGCGCGCGUAAAGUUCAAGUUCCCUGGUGAAAACUCGACGGAAAAAGCGCUGGUGACUAUACACCAGCAAAUAUCUAUACCUGGUACAAAUACACUGGUGGCAUUCUCCAUCCACCCAGAUACCGCGCCGUUUCCCCCGCAAGGUGGUAUUCCCCGACAAGUGAAAGGCCUGCCCCAGGGAUACACAGCCGGUCAACUCUAUGAUCUUCUGCGACUCAAAACCUCUGUGGCGUCUAUUCGCGUCCAUGGUGAUUUUACGUCAGUGUGGUUUAAUAAGGAAGAGGACAUCAUCGAGUCAGUGCCGCUGGAAAAUGGCGGUAAGCUCAUGUUCCAGGCGUACGAUCCUUUGACGCUGUUCUGCCCUGGCUUGGCGCAGGGAACUAACGAGGCCAUGUUCAGAAGCGCAUUACUAGAUGUUUGUGCUUUUCACUGUCGACUGUUCUUGGCCACUGACACUUUCUACAUACAGUGUGAAGGUAUCAAAGAUAUAAGGAUCCGUACUAAUCGUAAGAGGAGAGGUUCGCCAUUCGCAUUUGUGUCUUUCGAGACCGCCGAUCAAGCUUUUGCUGCAAAGAAAAAGCUGCAUGAAACACCUGUCAAUUCUCGGAAGAUCACCGUACAAUAUAAGGAGCACAACUUGGAGGAAGUUCCUGUCAAAGAGCAGAAGCCUGGGAGCCAGCCGGACGAAAUCAAAGAGGCCGAGCUUGGUCCCCCUCCUGAGGUGCCUAUAGAAAAGGUUCAGCAGUCUCAGACGACACCCGACGCUCGCACUCCAAUAAAACACAUAGUGAUCGAUGGCAAAGUCUCCGAUCAGUGGGUUGAGAUAUGGAAGAAAGAAGCCGACAGCUCGAAAGCCGAGCUUGUGAAAGCACGCGGGCAAGUUGGUGCACUAGAAGAACAGCUACAGGUGUUGAAGGUAGAAAGGGAUAAAAGACUUGCUGAAAUCCAGCGGCUGAACGAGCAGAAUCUCAAAUUGAAGAAGGAUUUGGAGGCGCAGGUGAAGGGAGAAGACAAGGCCAAGGCCAAGUUGCAAGAGGAGAUCAACGAUCUGAGACGUAAGCUCGAGUUAUCGGAAUCGCGGAGGAAAAUACUCGAGAUGCAAGCUGAUGCGCCAAUGUGGAAAGAGGCAAAGAAAAAGCGAGAGGCGGCUGAGAGAAAGGCAGAGGCGGAGCGGAAGAGGAAGGCUGAGCUGGAGGAAUCGAGGAGAAAAAUGAAAGAGAUACAGGAGGCAGAGGCCCGACGGAAGAAGGAGGAAGAAGCCGCGAAGAAGAGGGAGCAAGAAAGAAAGGAACGGGAGGAAAGGGAAGAGCGGGAGAGGAAACUGGAAAAGGCGCGCAAGGACCGGGAAUGGCGGGAGGCAACGGAGAGGGAGCGUGCUCGGCUGAGGAGCAUGGCUAACAACCGCUGGGGACUUGGAAAGUGGUCCGACAAACGUGCUCUUGACCGCGUCCAGUACCUCAUGGACGAGUUUGAGAAAACCAAGUUUUCAGAGAACAAGCCUGCGACAUUUGAGGUUAUUCCGUGGCCUGUAGUGCAUGACCCGCUGCUUCUCAAGGUGGAGCUGGUUGAUUGGGCUGGGGUGGAGAAGUUCUUUGCUAUGGCGAGGAUUGAGCUGGAGGUGGCCGAGUACAAGAAGAUGGUGGAGAGGCUGCAUAAGAUGUUCCAUCCGGACAGGUGGCGGGCAAGAGCAAUUUUGAAGACGGUGUUCGAUGAGUAUCUCAGUCAUGCAUUGGAGGAAGCGGGGAAUACUGUCUCGCAGGCGAUGACACCGUUAUGGAGAGCUUCGAAGACGCUUUGA